AUGGAAAUAUUGGUGAGAUUGACAAGCUUUGUGGUGUUCUUGUUAGUUUCUGGUGCGGUGGUGUUGUUAUUGAGCUCAAGCUCUGUUCACGGGUUGAGAUAUGGACCCUCGAAGAGAUUCUUUAACAGUAGUGAUCAAUCUUCCGUUUUGGGUUCGAACAAAAUGUUUGAAAGUGGACAUAAUAAAGCCCGAAAAGUGCAAGAAGGUAACGUAGAUGAUGGAAGAGGGGGUCGUGGAGGAGGAGGCAGAGGCCGAGGAAGAGGAAAUGGCAAAGGACAAGAAGGUGACAAUGGUGGAAAAGAAGAUUGCAAUGACGGUGUCGGUAUUGGUAUUGGUAUAGGUAUAGGAGGUGAACCUAGCCCUGGAACUGGAGGUGGUGGAGGUGGAGGUGGCGGCGGUGGUGGUGGUGGUAUAGGAGGUGAACCUAGCCCUGGAACUGGAGGUGGUGGAGGUGGCGGUGGAGGAGGCGGUGGGGGAGGCGUAGGAGAUGGAUAUGGAUAUGGCCGUGGAUGGGGCGGUGGAUAUGGAGGAGGAGGCGGAGGAGGAUGGGGGUGGGGAGGAGAUAGCAACGAAGGAGUAUGGGGUCCCGGAAACGGCGGUGGUUGUUGGUUUCCCGGUUGUGAUAAAAAAUCAACGAAAGGUCAACAUUAA